AUGGAGACCCAGGGGAUCUUUGAUGAGUUUGUGGUAUGGGGGCAUGAGACUCUUCCUGCGGCGGAUGACACUUUUGUGAAGGGAGUGGAAGAGUGGCUGCAGUUUGCGGACGCGAUGCAUACAACCCCCACAUCGGGCACGAAUGGAAAGGAGUCUGCUGCUGCUUGA